AUGCUGUGCUGCUUGGCCGCCGCCAGUGAAGCUGAUGAUGCCACCGAGUUCAAAGUUGACGUGGCGCAGCCGGGUGUUGGAGACGGUGUGAAGUAUGGCAUCAACAUUCCCAAGGAGUACUUGGAAAGACUUUGGGUGGACCCUGACUUUCCUCCGACCCAUGUCUCCUUAGGUCUUGCCAAGGAGAAGGCCUUGAGCGUAGCAGGAAGGUUGGUGAACCAUGCCUGGUGUCCAAUUUCCUACUCCAAGCCCGAUCUUCCAUUGUUUGCCGGGACCAUUGAUCCAACAUCAUUGGGCCAGGGUGCCUUGGGAGAUUGCUGGCUUAUCACUGCAAUCUCUACCAUGGCAGAAUACCCCGAAUCGUUGAAACAGCUCUUUCUCACCAAGAAGCACAAUGAGAUCGGGCAGUAUGUCCUUCGGCUCUAUGACGCCGAAGACGGUGAGUGGCUGGAUGUGAAGGUCGACUCCCUUGUUCCUAUCGACUUGGGGGGCGGCAUGGCCUACGAAGGGAAGCCCCUUGUUUAUGUGAACCCCACCAAGCAGGAGGUGUGGAUGUGCGUCCUGGAAAAGGCCGUGGCCAAGCUUUUUGGCAGCUAUGCUCAGCUGAAUGGCGGAUUGGUAGGCACUGGAUGGACGGCCAUGACAGGGUGCACCGAUAUCCAGAACUAUGAAGGGAAUGGUGAGACCUUCAAGAAGUUGCGUAGCGGCUUUGACCUGCAGCUGUUGGAUGCAGAAUGGGACAAGCAGCGCGAGAAAGAGCACGCGCUUAUGAAUGCAGAAGAGUUCUUCAAGCUGCUUGAUGAGUUUGAUGGCAGGCACUUCCUCAUGUGUUGCGGCAUCAUCGCCAAGAAGAAUCCCAACCUCAAGGAGAAUGUGGAUGAUGAGGGCAGUGAGGGCACCUGGGAGAACGGCCUCUACACCAAGCACGCCUAUGCGAUCCUGGGAACCUAUGAGGGCCAUGGGGUGCAGUUGAUCCGAUGCCGAAACCCUUGGGGCACAAGCAAGGAGUACGACGGUGAUUGGGGUGAUCAGUCCUCCAAGUGGAAGGAGUUUCCAGAAGUGGCCAAAGAAGUGAAGUUUGAGCCGCGCGCAGAUGGUGUUUUCUGGAUGUCAGCCAAAGAUUUCUGCUCCAACUUCACAAACGUGCAGGUGCUGAAGCAGAGCAUGCCCGGACCAAAAUCCGUGGAGCUCCCCUACGAGGCGGCGCGGGCCAAGAAGAUGAAAGAAGACGCUGAACGGCUUCAACGGGUCAAAGCCGAGCUCUACGAGAAUGGUGGAUGGUACACAGGGGAAGCUGUGAGUUGGCGAGGUGGAGAUCCACAGCCAGGCAUGCGCAUCUAUGAAGACCCUGAGACGUUCAAGUAUGUUGCCAAGAGGCUCGUGGAGUUAUGGGGAUGCCCUGAUUUCAUGUCCAAGGACUUUUCAGAGCACGCCAGAACCAAGCUGCCCCCAGUACUCAGGAAGGAAUUGAUAGACCGGCACAGGGCUACGGCCCCCAAAGGGCGACGCUAA